AUGGCGUUUUUGCAUAACUAUCAACAAUUUUGAUCAUUACCUUCAGAUCCUGUACAUACUUCUCAAGAAAAAUUAGAAAACAUGUCAGAAGCAGAAGCCACGAAUGUCAGCAGCCUUACUCAAGACUUAACUUACUCAAAUUCUGCAUUCUAUAUGGAAACCAGCAGUACCACUUCAGAAUUCCCUCAGAAUGAAAUAAAGAAUAUAAAAGGGGGAAAUGAGCCUAAAUUCACACUUUCUGAAGAUAUUUAUAAUACACUAGAUAAUUUGCUAGGUGAUGUCAACUUUAAAAAGUAUUCCCAGAAUAUGCUAAUUCAGCCAGUUGACACCAAUGUUUCUUCCUUGAAACAGUUUGAACCCAUUUGUAAAUUUCAUUGGACUGAAGUCCUUAAUGAUGAAAUGGAAACAUUUCAAAGUUCCAUGGAAGGCUUAUCUUACACAGAGAAGGCAGAAUUGCAAAGUCAUGUGUGUAAUUAUGAAGAAGACAGCAAUACAAAGAAAGAUUUGUUUAAGGAAGAUAAUCCAGUGGGAAUUAGCAUUUCCACAAAAGAAGACCUAUUAGCCAAUAAAUAUGCCAGUGAACCUUCUAGAAGUCUGCCUUUAAUCCACUGCUGUGGAAAAAAACAGGCUGAAAGUACUGCCAAGCCACCUGCCCUCAAUCCUACUCAACCUCAAAGUUUCCUGUGUAGGAUGGCAGUUUCACCAAAUGAAAUGCAGAGUUCUGGGGAGAAUCCUCAGAUGUCAGUUAGUCACCAAAAGGAAGUCAAAAUUGGGGUUGUGGAAAGUCCAGGAAUUUUCUCAACAUGGUCCCUGUCAAACGUUUCCUGGAGUGGUGGAGGAUCCAGGGAGGACUGCAAGACCUCUGACACAGAGCGAAGCUUCGAAAGCUUACAACCUUUGGAAGAAGAUAUGGCUUUAAAUGAAGUCUUACGGAAAUUAAAACAUACCAACAAAAAACAGCAAAUGCGAAUCCAAGACCUACAGUGUAGUAACAUGUAUUUAGAGAAGAAGAUUAAAGAAUUACAGAUGAAGAUUACCAGGCAGCAAGUGUUGGUUGACAUCAUUAAUAAACUAAAGGAGAAUGUUGAAAAAUUAAUUGACGACAAAUACAAAAUAAUCCUAGAGAAGAAUGAUGCUGACAGAACGCUGAAGAACACUCAAGAGAUGUUAUCUAACACCCAAAAACAUCUUCAUGAGUCACGGAACGAAAAGAAAACUUUACAGAUGGAGAUUAAAAAGAUCAAGGUGAAUUAUGUUCAUCUUCAGGAAAGGUACAUGACAGAAAUUCAGCAAAAAAAUAAAUCUCUAACUCAGUGCAUUGAGAUGAACAGAACCUUAAGCAAGAAAGAAGAAGAGCUAGGGAGGCUUCAGCAAGUCAAAGGAGAAUUGGAGAAAGCCACCGCUUCUGCUCUGGACUUGCUGAAAAGGGAAAAGGAGACCAGAGGACAAGAGUUCAUGUCUUUACAAGAGGAAUUCCAGAAACAUGAAAAACAAACCUUACAAGAAAGACAGAAACUGAAAUCUAGUCUUGAGAAAUUGGUCGCUCAAGUUAAAUAUUUGCAAUAUAUCUCUGAAAGUGAAAAGUCUAAGAAUAUGAAACUUCAGCAACAGAUCAAUGAAGUAAAAAAUGAAAACGCAAAACUUCAUCAGCAGGUUACAACAAGUGAGGAGCAAAAUUUCCUACCUAAAUAUGAGAUAGCUGAGUUAAAGGAGCAACUAGAGGAUUCAGAACUUGCAAAGGAUACAAAGAGGAUACAUUCUAAUUUGUUUCUGAAUUGUGAAGAAGAGAGUCUGAGUCUUCCAGAUGACAAAAGAACGCUGGCCUCCAAAAUUCACAGUCUGCUAACUCUGAUGGUAGGACUUCUCACAUGCCAGGACUUCACCAAUCCUGAUGCUGAACAUUUCAAAGACAGUGAGAAAAUUAGUGAUGCAGUGCUGCAAAAAUUGAAGUGCUUCCUCCUUAAAAAGAAAAAUUUAGAUAAAGAGCUAUUGAAACAUAAAGCCAGAAUCACAACCAUUAGAGAAUUAAUUGCUAAUGAAAAAGCUUUUCAAGAUCAAGUUUUUGAGGCCACAGACAUUGAUGCAAAUGAAGUCAAGAAUAUUAAUGAUGUGCCUAUCCUCUUGGGAGCCAAACUAAAUAAGUAUCACAGUCUAAAUGAGGAGCUUGAUUUCUUGAUUGCAAAGUUGGGAAAUCUUCUAGAGUCAAAAGAAGACCACUGCAACAGACUCAUUGAAGAAAAUGACAAGUAUCAAAGACAUCUAGGCAGCUUAAUAAAUAAGGUUACAUCAUAUGAAGAAAUUAUUGAAUGUGCUGACCAAAGACUUGAGAUCUCCCACUCCCAGAUUGCGCAUUUAGAAGAGAGAAAUAAACAUUUGGAAGACUUAAUUAGGAGGCCCAGGGAGAGAACGAGGAAACCGAGACCAAGAAGAUUAGAAAAUCAUCCAAAGUCUAUGACCAUGCCCACCCCCUAUGUCCCGGUAACCAGCAACUAA